AUGCCUUUUGGCUUCUAUAACGCUCUGGUUGUUUUCCAAAACUUUGUUAAGAAGAUCUUCCAUGACCUUUUGUAUGUGUCAGGAUAUCGUGCACGCAUAAAACAGCAGCAGAUUGCCAUCGUCAUCCUGUUCCCAAAUUCCUACCCGGUGAUACGGUUUGGCUCUCUAUUAAGCACAUCCACCUCCAAUGAAGAAGAAUUCUAUGCAGAGUGCUUUUCUGAAAUUAAGGUCGAUGUGAACCAUUAUGGAUGGAAAGCUUCCAUUUCUACUCAGUCUGGCUACAAGUCUAGUGUAACUCGGGAGACGAUGAAGCCAAGAAGACCUGCGCCGUCCUUAAAGAAAGCAAUCAAGUUAAUAGUAAUUGUUGGACGGGUGUCAGGAAGGAAAGGUUUCGCAGCAGAGUGCAUGUUCGAUGACCAGGAUCUACUGAAUCACAUCUUGGUGGAGGAUGGCAUUUCCUUCAAUAAAGUAGAGGAGACGUGUGCAGCCGCACCCAAAUUCCGCUACAGUAACACAACAGUAUACAUGAUUCGGGACAGCAGGCAGAAGAGUCUGAUGCUGCAAGAAUACCAAGGAAGUGCCCACAUGGUGGCUUUGUUUUUACAAGGGAACAACCGUACCAAAGAAGCAAAGAUAAACAUGGAUGCCUACAGGUCUUCACCUUUCAAUGGACAGACACAGCCAGUUACAUUGGGUCUUGUAGGUCGCAACCUCUAUUUAUCUUGCGUAGUCGAAGAGGGAGACCAAAAUACUCCAAUCUUAUCACUAACGGAGGUCACAAACAUCCAGACAAAAGAGAGCAAUGACCUGAUGCCCUUCCUCUUUUAUAGAAGAGAAAACAUUUCUACCAGGAAGAACACCUUUGAAUCAGUUGCUUUCCCCGGCUGGCAUAUUUGUACCUCUCAGGCUGAAAACCAGUUUGUACAAAUGAAGCCACAAAGUGAUCAAGCACACAUCAGAGAUUUCCUGCUUUAUCCGCCCCAAUAAGCUCAGAACCAACCCAUGCAUGUAUGUACCAUGUACAGUGCAAAGCCAUGUAUCUAUGCUGUUACAUAUCUGAAUAUUCUCCUUAGUUGACCCAAACUUCUGUUCAGAUGUGACAGAAACAGUUACCUGUAAUUACUUUUAUAAAGUUCCCAGUCUCGGUCAGAGAACAAAAAAGUAACUCCAUUAAGAGUUAUUAAAUAGUGUUGUAUUUAUA